UCAACUAACCACGCGUUCCGCGAGCGAUGAGGUGGCGUCAUGUCGAUGCUUCCAGAUUGUCCUCAGCCAUAUAUGGCCUAUCAACUUGAGCUACUAUAUUCCCUUCUGAAACGUGCAGCUCCGAAUCCGAUCAUUAGCAAAUACUAGCAGCUAGCAAGACAAUAAACCUUAAUCAACGACUAUAUGAUUAACUCACAUGGUAAAUUCUCAUACAAAGAUCAAUUAACGAUUACUAAACUGUACACUUUGGUAGUUCAGCCAUUGCUGCGGCAGUGCUCUGGGCCUCCGGGCUCCGGCCGUCCGGCGGUCUAGCUCCGGCCUCUGGGCCUCCGGGCGUCCGACGGUCUGGCUCCGGCCUCCAAGCGAGCAGCGCUGCGUGCUGCGGCGGCGGGCCGGCGGCGGUGCUCCGAGGCUCCGGCCGUCCGGCGGUCUGGCUCCGGCCUCCAAGCGAGCAGCGCUGCGUGCUGCGGCGGUGGGCUGGCUGCGGCCUCCAAGCUAGCAGCGCUGCGUGCUGCGGCGGCGGGCCGUAGGCGGUGGGUGUCUGGGUGGCUCCUCCACGGCUGGCGGGCGGCGGCGGCAGCUGGUUUAGGGUAGGAAAAAUGCUCACAGAAUCACAGCACGGACUGGACACGGCUAGAGCUAGGCGGCUGGAUGCAGAGCUGGGCUGUCACGCGUGAUGAGCCUAUUCGCUUUACUGGCCGCGACCGGGGCUGCAGCCCAGGCAGCCCCGGUCGUAGAUCCACCCCUGAGUGGCACGAAGUGAGUCAUCGGCCGAGCACAAUGGCUAGAGAAGGCGAUGGCGCGUGCGCACAGAGGACAGGCACGACGGGAGGAGUACCAGGUCUACGGUUGAAGCGAGGAGCCGAGCUGGCGGCUGGGAGACACGCCCAGCGCAUGCGCAGGGGAAGGGAUGACCAAGAGAGGGGUGCUGGCGGUAGGGCGCAUUGGAGAAGCCGAGCAAGGGCACUGUCCGGCGAACUCCAGUACAGAGGCACAACGAGCUGGAAGCGAGAGCGUACUAGAGGGGAAGCAGGAGGCCAGAUCCGACCGCUGCCAGGAGAGCAUGCCGACGAGGCUUGGUGGAGGAGCACCGGGCGUGGCUCAAGGAAGAAGAGGCACGGUCGAGCAGAGAGAUAG